AUGGACGCAGACGAGUUGAUGACGUUGACGGUUAAUGGACUUAAAGACAAGUUACGGGAGUUGGGGAUUUCGACUUCAGGACAGAAGCGUGAGCUUCAAGACAGACUACUCCAGCACUACGGUUUGUCGCGAAACGAGGCUAGUGAUAAUGAGUCCAAUCAGUCGGUAUAUAACGAUGUUGAAGAAAGCAACAAUCUUUUGCCUUCUCGGUCCUUUAUGCAUCAACAACAGUUCACCCUCAAAGAUUUGGGUGAUUGUAUUAGUCCCUUCACUGGAGAAGGAUCCGUUGAUAUUAAGUUUUGGGUUAAUGAAUUCGAAAUGAACGCAGCUAUUGUUAAGUGGAAUGAUUUGCAAAAAUUUGUAUACGGUAAGCAGCUUCUGCGCGGUGCUGCUAAACUAUUUAUUAAAAGUCAAAGCAAUGUUAACAGUUGGGUAUCGUUAAAAACUGCAUUAAUUAACGAAUUUUGUUGUAAAUUGUCUUCAUCGGAAGUUCAUAAAAUAUUGAAGAAUCGACGUAAGAACGCAAAUGAAACGUUUCGCGAAUACCUGUACAAUAUUGUUGAGAUUGGCAAACAGAUUAAUUUGGAAGAGGCAAGCAUUAUCGAUUAUUUCAUAGAGGGAAUUCCCGAUUCUAAAUUUAACAAGACUGUGUUGUAUCAAGCAAAGAGUGUUGAGGAUUUAAAAGAACAAGUGAAAAUUUAUGAAAAGAUACGCAGGUCCAAUGUAGCUCUAGGUAAAGUAGAAUCAAACGAUACAGCGAAAGAUAAAGGCAGCUCAGGUGUAAAACCAAAAGCAGAAUUGGUUAAAAGGUGUUUUAAGUGUGGCGACAAAGCGCAUAUGGCAGCUCAGUGUUCACAAAAGCAGUUUAAAUGUUUUAAGUGCAACGAGAUGGGUCAUCGCUCUUUCGAAUGCAAGGGCAAGGGACCCAAAGAAACAAAAAAAGAACCGAGUUCAGUCAACACAUUGACAGAUGAGACCUUUCAACCGUUUUUGAAUAGUGUGAAAAGUGAGUUGCAUUUUAAGACCGUUAAAAUAAAUGACUUUAGCUUUGAAGCACUAAUAGAUUCAGGGUGUUCACUUAAUUUAAUCCGAUAUGAUACGCUUUUAAUGAGCGGGUGCGAGACAAAGUUGGGUGGUGAUAAGAAGAAGCUUUACACUGCAUGUGCGAACGUUAUUGAAACAAUAGGCAGCUUCGAAACUUUGAUGCACGUAGAUAACUUAUCGUUAAAUAUAGUUUUCCAUGUGGUCAGAGAACAGGACAUUCAGUUCGCAGGAAUGAUAGGAAAGGCCAUUCUUAAAGAUGUUGACAUUAUAUUAACGGAUGAAGAAGUUCUUUUUAAGAAAACAGAUUCGGGCGGUAAGCCAAUAUUUAAAGACAGUCAAGCAACAGCGGAUGCUGAAGAGUUUAAACUCGAUAGUAAGGAAGUUAGUUUAGAAAAGUCGGAGGACAAACAAGGGUGGAUUCAAGAGUUCGAUGUCAUGAAUUUAACAGAAAUGAAGGAUAAGCCUACACUGAAUUUGGAGUAUUUAGGAAAGAGUUUUGCUAAAGCGGUAGAAAGUUUAGUUAGCGCAUACGCACCUGCAGGGAAUUGUCCAUCGCCAGUAAAAAUGCAAAUAGUAUUAUCAGACGAAAUACCUGUAUAUCAACGUCCGCGACGUAUGCCCUUUGACGAUCGACGAUUUGUUGAUAAGCAAAUAGAGGAGUGGUUACAAGAAGGAAUAAUUCAGCCCAGUAGCUCUAAUUAUGCUUCGCCCAUUGUAGUUGUCCCUAAGAAAGAUGGAAGUAAGCGCUUAUGUUGCGACUAUAGGCGAUUGAAUCAGAAAAUCUUAAGGGACAAUGUUUUAGAUAGGCUCCAAGGGGGUCGAGUUUUUACAACACUAGAUUUGUCCAAUGGGUUUUUUCACGUGCCUGUAGAGCCACAAUCAAUGAAGUACAUGUCAUUCAUCUCUAGCAACGGACAAUACGAAUUUCGCUUUGUACCUUUCGGUAUUUGCAACUCACCUGCGGUCUUCUGUAGGUAUAUAAACGCUGUAUUUAGGACGCUAAUCCAGAAAGGAACAGUAGUUACAUAUAUGGAUGAUUUAAUAAUUCCUUCUAAAGAUGAGGCUGAAGGUAUAGAGAAGUUUAAAGAGGUAUUGCAGAUCAGUUCCAAAGUUGGAAAAAUAGCUCAGAGCUGCAUUGAAUGCAUUGUAAACGAAGCAAAGUCUGGUAAGAAAGAAGGGUUUCUCAAUACCAUAAACAAAGAAGAUAAACCGUUAGGAACGUACCAUGUAGACCAUGUGGGGCCACUAGAAACGACCAGUAAGUCGUACAACUACAUUUUGGUGGUGGUCGAUGCAUUUAGUAAGUUCGUGUGGUUGUAUCCAACCAAAAACACGGGAGCGGAAGCGGUGGUAGAAAGACUAAAGAAACAAGCCGCGGUAUUUGGCAACCAUAGGCGUAUUAUUACGGAUCGGGGCGCUGCCUUUACAUCGAAUAUGUUUAAGGAAUAUUGCGAAAAAACUCCUACUGGUUGGUAUAAGCACAUAGAUCGAGUACAACAGUUUAUAAAUAAGACGUCGCCACGAAGCACGAAGCAGUCGCCUUUCAAAAUAUUGACUGGACUUGAGAUGCGUACGGCCAAUAUGCCGGAGCUUCAAGACCUCCUUGAAGACGCCGCCGUUGAUGAACUGAAUGAAGAUCGCGAGGUUGUACGGAAGGAAGCUAAGGAAAACAUAUUAAAAAUUCAAGAGGAAAAUC